AACUCAUGUUUUGGACGAUGAUUCCGCCGUGAUCCCGGAACAGACCCAGACAGCAUGUCAUCUAUACGGCGUCGAGCCGCCCGAAAAGACGCGCAUGAAGGACUUCAUCGAGAUGUUUCGCCGAGCCCAGAUCGGCAGGAAGACCUGUGCUUGAUAUCAGCAAAGAAGCUAGAGGCUUUGAAGCGCAAGAGUCCGAAGUCGAGCAAGAGAUGGAGUUUCGGGAUCCUGGGAUGCGGCAUCUUGAUAGGGUUGUGUGUUGCGGCUUUCUUCGCCCAGCAAAACGACAUGAUCUCAAUCGACUUGUCCGCACUGGACAAUAUGAACUUAGAGAAUCUGAAGGACAUGCUGCCGCAAAACUUCCUGGAUGUGUUGCCAGCCGCCUUCCUCCGAGAUGCACAGCAGAUGCAGAAACACGAACGAGAUACCGUGAGCUAUGAUUCUUUCGCAGUCGGCCUCCAUGCGCGCUCGCAAGGCGUAAAAGCCACACAUCCCGUCAUUAUGAUUCCUGGCGUCAUAUCAACCGGUCUUGAGUCCUGGGGAACCGAACAAGAGUCCCGACCAUACUUUCGCAAGAGACUGUGGGGUUCAUGGACAAUGAUGCGCGCCCUAGUUAUGGAUAAAGCAGGAUGGAAAAAACACAUCAUGCUGGACAAGGAGACAGGGAUGGAUCCUCCUGGAAUCAAACUUCGUGCCGCCCAGGGCUUCGAUGCGACGGACUUCUUCAUAACAGGGUACUGGAUCUGGAACAAGAUUUUGGAGAACCUAGCCACAAUCGGAUAUGACCCUACCAACGCCUUCACAGCGGCUUACGACUGGCGAAUGUCGUACAUGAACUACGAGAAGCGCGAUCAGUACUUUACCCGUCUCAAGUCGCACAUUGAAAUAGCCGUUCGUAUAUCCAAUAAGAAAGCCGUGCUCCUAUCCCACUCGAUGGGGUCGCAAGUUCUAUACUACUUCUUCCACUGGGUCGAGGCAGAGGGUUAUGGCAAUGGCGGCCCAGGAUGGGUGGAGGCAUAUAUCGACUCCUGGAUCAACAUCUCCGGCUGCAUGCUAGGCGCAGCGAAAGGCAUGCCGGCCGUCUUGUCUGGAGAAAUGAAAGAUACGGCUCAGCUGAAUGCCUUUGCAGUCUACGGUCUGGAGAGAUUCCUCUCCCGCCAUGAGCGUGCUGAGCUCUUCCGUGCCAUGCCAGGCAUCUCCUCCAUGCUGCCCAUAGGUGGUAGCGCGGUCUGGGGAGAUAAGGACUGGGCUCCUGAUGACCUGCCUGGUCAGGAAGUCAGUUACGGAAAUUUCAUCAGGUUCCGGGAUAACAACUCGUCCUGGACGAAGUCGAACCUCACAGUCGAAGAAAGCAAACCGUACCUCUUCCGGCAUGCGGAGCAAUGGUACCAGGAUAUGGUGCAGACCUCAUUUUCGGAUGGCGUCGCACAUACCGCGAAAGAGGUCGAAGCUAACCAGCUUAUACCCGCCAAAUGGAUCAAUCCUCUCGAAACACGUCUGCCGCUCGCUCCUAGUCUUAAGAUAUACUGCUUCUAUGGCAUCGGCAAGGAGACCGAGCGCGCUUACUAUUACAAAGAGGAUAAUGAUCCUCUCAGCAAGAUGAAUAUCACUAUCGACACUGGCUAUACGAAUGGCAAGGUAGACCACGGUGUUGUUCUAGGCGAGGGCGAUGGCACGGUCAAUCUUCUCAGCUCGGGUUAUAUGUGUGCCAAGGGCUGGAAGAUUAAGAGGUAUAAUCCUGCUGGUGCUAAGAUAAAGAUCUUUGAAAUGCCUCAUGAACCGGAUCGAUUCUCGCCCAGAGGUGGGCCUAAUACAGGCGAUCAUGUUGACAUCCUCGGCCGAUCCUCUCUCAAUGACCUCAUACUUAGAGUAGCAGGAGGUAGGGGAGAGCUUAUUCAGGAAACCAUACACUCGAAUAUUCGGGAGUACUCGGAUAAAGUCAGGAUUUAUGAAGAGGACGAGUACGGGCAGAGGAAGACGAUACCCUCAUGACAUUUGCUUCUGAACGCUUCUGUAGACCCUAUAUAAUUUUGACAUAUUUCCCGCGGCGCUUGUGGUGUUGUAUAGAUCUGGGGAUUUCGAACCUUGGGGGGGGAGGCUCUAUACUUACUGUAUGUCUAGACUAAUGUGGGAGCGGUUUGUCUGUUCUUCUCUACUUUCGGUUCAUCAGGAUAUGGACUUCAAGACGAAUACAACCCCAAUUCGUGACAUCAAAGCCGCUAUGCCAUUCCUGGCCUUGAGGUACUUUCUACAAAUACAAAAUAC